UUUUUAAUACCGUUUGAGACCAAGCUCAGGUAUUUUAAUUUUUCAUGUUCCUUAUCCGAUUAAUCUCGAUUAUUCGAACUAACUAGUUCAUCGAUUAAUCGACUACUAAAAUAAUCGAUAGCUGCAGCCCUAAAUCGAAUAUUUAUUCAUUACUAAACAUCAAAAAUACUUGUUGACGUACAACUUUGAAAGUAUUUUCCGGAGCCAAUUCAGAAGUGCAUUCUGGGAAAAGUGUUUCUCUUGUGAUCGUUGUCAAAACGAUUCAAAACACACCCGAAUGCACAACAAAAUCCCAAGUUUUUCAGUGCAUCUAAUGCAUUUUCACAUCACAACAUUUUUGGAAUUAUUUUGUUGAAUGAACUGCGUACCUGUAAAUCAGAAAUGAGAUGCAGUACACAGUUUACGCAUCGUGAGGCGCUAAAAUGCAAAGAAGAUGUCAGCCUUAUGGAAACUUUCAUUUGGUUCCUUGAUCAAACAGUGGCAUCUUUUGAAAACAUCGAUCCUUGGCGAGAGCAUAUCGAUAACGGAACAGGAUACAGUGUGUCACAAUACAUCACCGUAUCCAUAUAUUGUCACACUCCUGCCUGUUUUUCCUGUAGCGUUGAAGGUGCCGCCCAGUGUGGAAGACGUCAUGCAUCUGUGCGACGAUAUCUCAGCUAAAAAGAAACGCAAGGUGAGGGUCAGAAGCGCGGGCAAGGGAGCCCUGAUGGCGGGGGGCAGCGCCUUCGUCGGAGGCCUGCUGGGCGGACCGCCUGGCAUCGCCGUCGGGGGCGUCAUAGGAGGCCUGCUGGGGGGCUGGACGGCCGGCGGUCAGUUCCGUCCUCUUCCUCAGAUCCUGGCCGAGCUCCCGCCGGCGCAGCGGCAGAAACUGUACGAGGACGUGUCCGCCGUCCUGUUGGGUCUGGACUGGACGGACGCGGCCCUGCUGCUCGCCUUGGUGAUGGGCAACCCCAGGAUGGAAGACGUCAUGUGUCUGUGCUGCGAUAUCCCAGCUCAAGAGCGAAUCAAGGUGGCGGUCAGAGGCGCGGGCAAGGGAGCCCUGAUGGCGGGGGGCAGCGCCUUCGUCGGAGGCCUGCUGGGCGGACCGCCUGGCAUCGCCGUCGGGGGCGUCGUAGGAGGCCUGCUGGGGGGCUGGAUGGCCGGCGGUCAGUUCCGUCCUCUUCCUCAGAUCCUGGCCGAGCUCCCGCCGGCGCAGCAGCAGAAACUGUACGAGGACGUGUUGGCCGUCCUGUUUUGUCUGGACUGGACGGAGGCGGACUAGCCGCUCGCCUUGGUGAUAGGCAACCCCAAGCUGCAGCAGCAGUUGGUGGCCGCCUUGGCCGCCUUGUUCAACUAAGUCACCAAGGAGCUCCGAGCCGAGGUGCGCUACAAGGACUGACGACCAGGGCUGGCCCAGGCCGUUUGGGGUCCCUGAGCAAAAAAAUGCAAAGGGGCCCAUAUUUUUGGCCCACCAUUUCGUCAAAGUGUACUGUGAAACCCAUACAUGCAAGCCAACCCAUACGUCCAUAUUUUGUGUAUUAAUCAGAUUUUGUUGCACUGCAUACUUCAAACUUCUCACCCCAAAUGAUUUUCAGUACUUACAGUAGAUUGCGCCAAAACUGAAAGUUAACUUAAGUUAAGAAUUAACUUUUUUUUGAGCUUGUAAUCAAGUAUCAAAACUCACAAAAGUCAAAUAAAGCAAACGGCAGUAAACAAAAUAGAAUAUAAAUUAAACCAUUGCAAGAUUGGGGGCCCCCUAGUGGUCAGGGGCCCUAAGCAGCUGCAUAGUCUGCGUAUAGGCGGGGCCGGCCCUGCUGACGACGUGUGCACAUUUAUUAUGUACACAAAAUAGAGCCAGUUCGCGGACAGACGUGCUUAACCUAUUGGUCGUCUUGUCAGUCCUCCCCAUCAAAAUGGAUUGUCAUUGACACUGAAACAGCCCUCAUACACGGUGAAAAGGAUUGGACGUCUCUUGCCGUUAAGAAAUGCAUAUGAAAAACACUCUUUAUGAGCAACUAAAAUGUAUAUUCUGUGAAUACUCUCGAUACUUCUGUGCUGGCAGUGAAUGUGUUUAAUGUAACCAUUAAAAAUGCAAUCAAUUUUAUAUUCCCAGGCAAACAAUAAGUUUUUAUGUCAAUAUCACUUGCUUUUCAAAUUCAGUUUUACUUUUACAGAAGUUUUUGGUUUUUGAUCCCCCCACUAUUUUUUGUUUUAUUUAAAGAGGCCCUCAAAUCAUUUUCCGAUAUUUUGAACUGUAAGAUAUGGGAGUGUGGAAGUGUGUUAUCUAUCCAAGUAGUAUUUUUGAUUGCAAUCACGUUAAGUUUCUCAUUUUCUCCCAAAGACUCUGGAGUUUUUGGAGUUUUUCCUUGCCAACAUGGAGGGUCUAAGGAUGGGGGAUGCCCAGGACUUGAACUUUAUUUAUUCAUCUUUGUUUGCUUCAUUUGCUGUUUCUGAUUGUGUGUCAUAUUGCCUCUGCAAAGCCCUUUGAGACAACCUUGUUGUGAUUAAGGGCUAUAUAAAUAGAAUUGAACUGAAGUUAAAUCCUCCUGCAGAUGGUAGUUUUUGAACUUGUGCAAGGUGUGAUGUCGCACCACGCCUUAUGAAGCAAGUACAUGCCCUCUUUCUUGUUCCUUCACAGCCACUAGUAUGGGGAGUGCUGAGAAAAGCCGCUUGGAGGGUGCCAAUUCCUGGAUCUAAAAUGUGCCAUUUUGAGUGGUCGCAAGCAAGAUAAUAUUCAGAAAUGACUUUGAUAUUACACUUCAACGCAAGGUCCCAAAAUGGGACGUUUUUUCCUAUGUGUCGCAAAAACAAAUCAGCACACAAGGGUUAAGAGGAGGACGCCUUGAGCCUAAACGUGUUUGUGUUUAGGUCACUUUUUGCAUUGAUAAGGUAAUUUACGAUAUCAAAAUAUGUGACGGCUGGCAAGAAUGUCGGGUCUUUGGUAAAGUCCUCUUUUUGAAGGGUAUAUGGAUCCUUCCCUGCAAUCAAUCCUAUCUUAGCGUCAUACCGAUGGCGUUCAUUUGCUCCCAAACUAUCUCUAUAAGACGUUGCCAUUCCUGAAGGAAGUCAUUUAGAAGUCCUAAGUUUCGUUGCAGUUGUAAUGCCCGAAGUAGCGAUCGUUCUUCCAACAAACAUGGCGGACCGGAAGUGGCAAAUUUUAUCAUGGGAACGGUGUAUUUGUUUUUUUAGAAUUAAAAAAUAUAUAUUAAAACUAAAUAUCAGUGGUGGAAUGUUCGUUACUGAACUUAAGUACACUUUCUGUGUAUCUGUCCUUGAGUACAAAUAUGAAGUGGUUCUUUUUACUUAUACAGCCCGUAUCUAUACUUUUUACUCCGCUACUUUUCAAAUUGUCACCUGAGUUACACGUUACUUUUGUUUAGAUUGGGGUUUUUUCUCUCUCUCUCUCUCAUUGUGAAUUAAUAGUUUUGUUUUCUUGCCUCCGGCGCAAUCAAUAAUCGUUGAGCACUAGAGGCAGCAACAGCAGUAUGCUGCUGUGGAAUCUUUUUUCUUUUUUGUACUUAUGUCUAAUACUGUGUCAAUGUUUACACUUGGUACUUAAGGGUAUUUAUUAUAUGGGUUUUGCACUUU